AGCAUCAUCUCCACCACUCAGCACCCGCUAGUCUCCCAUCAGCAGCUCAGUUAAGUUCUGCUGCUCCGCUGAAGACCAGCCCAGCCUUCAGACCUCCAGCAUCAGCACAGAGAGGAGGAGGCCGAGCGUCAGGAAAGGGGAUCAGGAAACUUUAGGGGUGGUCCUGUCUGUCCUGAGCUCGGUUAAUUCCUAGCUAGGAGAAGAGAGCUUCGUUAGCUCCAGCAUCCACACGACAGCAGCCAUGACCAAAAGCACCGGGGAGAACCCUCGCUCUCGCAGCCGGGUACAGAGGAUCCGAGAGAGGAUCCAGCUCAAAUCAAUGAAGGCCAAGAAGAAAGUGGAGGACAUCACCAAGGACGAUGUGAAGAGUUUCCUGAGGAAGAAUGCGUUUGUGCUCUUCACCAUCGCAGCCGUCGUUGUCGGCAUCAUGCUGGGAUUUGCGCUACGGCCGUACCGGAUGUCCUACAGAGAAGUGAAGUAUUUCUCCUUUCCUGGAGAGCUGCUGAUGCGCAUGCUGCAGAUGCUGGUCCUGCCCCUCCUGGUGUCCAGUCUGAUCACAGGAAUGGCGGCGCUUGACAGUCGUGCUUCAGGGAAGAUGGGCAUGCGAGCAGUGAUUUACUACAUGACCACAACCUUCAUCGCUGUGUUUAUCGGCAUCAUCAUGGUCCUCAUCAUCCACCCAGGCAAAGGCUCCAAGGAUGAGUUCACCCAGCAGCAGAAGAUAGAGCAUGUCAGUCCGGCUGACGCCUUCCUGGACCUUAUCAGAAACAUGUUUCCUCCCAACCUGGUACAAGCUUGCACACAGCAGUUCAAGACACAAUAUGGCAAGAGGGUUAUUAAUGUGAAGGUGAUCGUGAACGAAAGCAUCUUUAACUUGACCAACGCCACUCAAGAGAUUUCCCGUGAAGAAAUCAUCCCAAUAUCGGGCACCACCAGUGGCGUCAACGCCUUGGGGCUGGUGGUCUUCUCCAUGUGCUUUGGUCUGAUCAUUGGAAAUAUGAAAGAGGAGGGUGAAGCUCUGAGGGAAUUCUUCAACUCCCUGAACGAAGCCAUCAUGCGACUGGUCGCAAUCAUCAUGUGGUAUGCCCCAAUUGGUAUUCUCUUCUUAAUCGCUGGCAAAAUUGUGGAGAUGGAUGACAUCACAGAAAUGGGUGGGCAGCUAGGCAUGUACACAAUAACGGUCAUCAUAGGGCUGCUCAUCCACGGCAUGGUGAUCCUCCCCACACUCUACUUCGUCAUCACACGGAAGAACCCCUUCAUCUUCAUCACUGGGUUACUCCAGGCGCUCAUCACAGCUCUGGGCACAUCGUCGAGUUCGGCCACCCUGCCUAUCACAUUCAAGUGCUUAGAGGAGAACAACAAGGUUGAUAAGAGGGUGACCCGGUUUGUCCUGCCAGUGGGGGCCACCAUCAACAUGGACGGAACAGCGCUGUACGAGGCGCUGGCAGCUAUUUUUAUCGCUCAGGUUAACAACAUGGAUAUGAACUUCGGUCAGAUCAUCACCAUUAGUAUCACAGCCACUGCAGCCAGUAUCGGAGCAGCUGGAAUCCCCCAGGCCGGUCUGGUCACAAUGGUGAUUGUGCUGACCUCUGUGGGACUCCCCACCGAUGAUAUAACCCUCAUCAUUGCAGUCGAUUGGUUCCUGGACCGAUUGCGCACAACAACCAACGUGCUGGGAGAUUCGAUAGGAGCAGGCAUCAUCGAGUUCCUGUCGAAAGAUGAGCUGCAGAGCGGUGAUGUGGAGAUGGGUAACUCUGUAGUAGAAGAAAACGAGGUGAAGAAGCCCUACCAGAUGAUUCCACAAGAGAACGAGUACGAGAACGAGAAACCUCCAGACAGCGAAACCAAGAUGUAGUCAAGACUCCAAGUCAUUCUGUGGUCUGUGCCCAAGCAGGGAAUAUCUUUCCACAUAUGUGUGUGUGUGUUCAUGUACAUGUGUGUAUAUGUGGGCCUGCAUAGUGUACAUUGAUCAGCCAUAACAUUAAAACCACAUUCCCAAUAUUGUGUAGGUUCUUUGUGCUCUGACACAUCAAGGCAUGGACUCUUUAGACAACACCUGAAACCAGAAGUGUCAGUGAGGUGGGACCUACAAAGAUUGCAUCACUGAGCCAUUGCAUACAAGAAACAUCUCACAAGACCUGCCUCAUGUUAUGGAGAUGCACCGACACAGUCCUCUAGCCAUCAGAAUUAAUUUGUCCAUUGUCAGAGUGGCUCUGAUUCUUUUAAUACAUAAACUUCAGAAAUGGACUGUUCACUUGCUACCUAACAUGGUGGUUUUAAUGUUAUGGCUGGUUGCUGUAAGAGCGUAUUGUCUGUAAAAGUGAUGCACUGAAUUUCAAAUGAAUGCAUCAUUCCCAUAUGAAUAAAAUGUAAUACUGUGUGUUUUCACAUUACACUUGGCAAUAAUAGUGAUAUAAGAUGUGGAUUCUAUUUUAUUUCAGUUCAGUGCAUCACCCUUUCCAGUAUACAGCUUUGGACAAAAUUAAGAGACCACUUCAGUUUCUGAAUCAGUUUCUCUGACCUCAAAUAAUGCAAAGAAAACAAGUUUUAGGAGUUCAGAAAUCAAUAUUUGGUGGAAUAACCCUGGUGGUUUUUAAUCCCAGUUUUCAUGCAUCUUGGCAUCAUUUUCUCCUCCACCAGUCUUGCACACUGCUUUUGGAUUACUUUAUGCCAUUCCCGGUGCAAAGAUUUAGCAGUUCAGCUUGGUGGUUUGAUGGCUUUUAAGUGGUCUCUUAUUUUUAUCCAGAGCUGUAUGAUGACUUUCGCGCCACUUUUUCCAGUUUGUGAUGACUUGAGCAUUUUUCCACUCCUUGUAUUGUUAUGUGUUUAGUUUAUCAUGUUGGUAAUUCAGUUAUCUUCUGUUAUCCUGUAUUGACCAUUACCUUACUACAUAUCACCGAAGGCUGAUCGAGAUGGAGCUCGGUAUGGAAAUGUAAUAAAAUAUGUGCUGGAAUUUGAAAGUAUGUUAGAGAAGAUGGGUUAGAUGUUAAAGAAAGUGGGCAACAACAUUAAAACAAUGAUGUUUAGCAUUAUAUAUGUUGUAAAAUGUUGGGAAUGAAACUUGGUAAGAGGGUCUGAACCAUUUUAAGAGGUAAACUUUAGGUCUACUGUUGCCCUGUGAAAUGAUUGUUACAUAAUUACAUAAAUAGGCACCAACUGUGCCAUCACAACAGAUCUGACCAUUUGAGACUUCUUAAGACCUAUGGAGGUGUCCUGUUGUAUCCAGUAAGUUGUGAGGUCCUUAUCCUAUUGGGAUAAUCCCAAAGGAUUCUAACCAAUAUGACAAUUUGGGGUCUAGUUUCCUAUAAUUAAUUUACAGUACCUAUCUGCAGAUACCUUCUUAUGCUGGAGUCAUUACUUUCUCAGAAACUGCUGUGAUUCCUUGUACUCUGUUUAAAAAGCCAAUAUCUGAGUAAUCAGCUGUUGUUAUUGUACUGUACUAGCUUUAUAAGCCUUUUGUUUGUUUGAUAUUUUUUUUUCCUCCCAUCAUUCUAGAAGUUCCUGUGUUGUGUGUACAGGUUUAAUGUUUUUGUUUUUUUUAUGUUUGUUUAUCAGAGUCAGAAUGUUCACAUUUUUGAUAUAUGUAUUGGUUUUGAUGCUGAUUUCUUUAUUUGUCUCUAUUGUUCUGUAGGCCAUAUUGAAAGAGUGCUGCCGUUUGCUAACAUGAAUAGAGAAUAUGAUGAAUAUAUAUAUAUAUAUAUAUAUAUAUAUAUGUAGAUGCUUUUAUUAACUGUAGAUAUUGUGAGCGAUUGUUUACCUGAAGUCUCCUGAGAAUGCUUCGAGCUGAAGCGCUGUGUGGUUCGGAUAAAUGGGUGAAUUCAGAAUCCGACGCUGCAGAAGACAGAGUGCUGACUGGAUUACUAACUCACUCAAAAGGAAACUGUGAUUUUGCAUUUCUGUUCUGAUUUGUGUUUAUUUGGGAUGAUUCCCUUCAUGCUGGAUAUUUGCCCUUAGAGUCACACCAUGAAAUGCAGUGUGGGUUAAAUUCUGUAAAACUGUAGAUUUGGCUAUGGUCAAUAUAGUUUUGAAUAAAAGUGUUGAAAAGAAA